AUGGCAACACUCAGUGCGAUCCGGAGGGUCGUGGAGGAAUAUCUCAUCAGCGUCGCACCAAGCACGCCAGAAGUUGGCUUUUUGACCUUGGUGCCCUGGAGCUCGCAGGAGAAGCCGGCCAACGUGUUGGCAUCUUGCGCAGAUUGUGGAGAGUUGAGGUUGGAGAGCAUCGCCCAGAUAGUGGAACAGCACGAGGUCGUGUUGAUCGUAUCCGUAUACAGGACGAACAAGGAGAAGAGACGCGUGGUAUGUCUUCUGGACCAUCUUGGGGCGGCUCAUCCCGACGUGGCCAUCUUCCUGGUACAGCUUCCAGAUCGGUUGGAUCCCGAGCUUACCAAGGCCUACCUUAGUAAACUGAUGGAGCGGUACGACGAGCUCCACAGCUUUGGGGCGGAUGGCGUGCUGAUGGAGCUGGCAGGUGACCCGGGGGGGCUGCAACAUAGGUUAAGUUUGGAGUUCCAAGAGAACGCCGCCAUCCAGCUGCGCGUGCGGGCACAGAUCAGCACUCUGAACCAGAGUGUGCUCUCUGCCAUACAACUCAAAGGCAUCGAGGACGAGUUCCGUAGUUUGCUCUGGAAUGCCAUUCCACGCAGCGUCACCGAUGCCAGGGAGGUGGAGAGCAUAUACCAGGAAUUCUGUUUCUUGACGCACACCCUCGACCACCCACACAUCAUUCGUUGCGUAGGCAUGUUGCACAGCCAGCGUAGUGUGCAGUUGGUUCUCCAGUAUGGUGGAGACGUGUGCAUGGAGCAGGUGUUGUUGACUCAACCUGGGUACCGCUUGUCCAAGGACGAAGCCUUGGAUUGCAGUGCCCAGAUCGCCAGUGCUCUGUCCUACUGCCACGCCCAGGCGGCGCUGAACGAGCCGUACUUGCCUAAGCCAGCGGAUUGUUGGAGUCUUGGGGUGCUGCUCCUGGAGACCGCUUGCGGGCAGGGUUCGCUCAAGUUGUCGGUCCAGUGGCGCCGUGGCGAGCCCAUCGCUUACGCCGCGCGGCAAGUACUCGAGUUUUUCUCCCAUGCAGGCUCCUCCGACCGGGACCCGCGCGCCACUGAGCAGGCACUCGCGCUCGCUCGCGAAGGCGCCCGCAGCGGUGCGCCCCGUGACGCGCUCCGCGAGGGCGGUGCUGGCCGCGCCUCGCGUGCCUGCGCUGAGCUCACGAAGGGGUGUCCCAUUGCCUUCACCGCGAACAUCUCGCUACACGGCCACGACGACGGCGAACGGCUGCUCACGGAACCCCGCCGACAGUACACCCCAUUCCCCGUGAUCGCCAUCGUCCUCAAGGGCGCCGAUAAUCUUGGUACCGAGAUGGCCGUCGCAGUCAUGCGCCGAGCCUCCCAGGCCACCAAGGCUGGUCUGGCCCACGUGAGCGACGCCUUCUACCAGCUCGGAGGCACAGAGGCCGACGCCAUCUUCGCGGUCUGCGCGCGGCAGUACGGCGUCACAACACACUUGAUGCUGGAACGGCCCAAGCUGGCGCGCGAGAUCGGCACCAGCAGCGCUGCCGAAAUUGGAGCCCGCUUCCUGCCCCUCUGCGCCGCGCGGUGCCGCGCGGUAAUGCGGUGCGUCUCGCUGAGCUUUACAGUCGAACUGCACUUGAAGUGCACUUGCGCUGCGCUUGAAGACCUGAUCGGCGGGCUGCUCACGGUGGACCCGGCGCGGAGGCUCGGCGUCCAGGAGGUGCGCAGGCACCCGUGGUGCCGGCAGAUCCCGGAGGCAGCGCUGCCCGCGCAGUGGCUGCCAGGCGCGAGGGAGCCAGAGGAGGAUCUGCUCAAGGAGCUCGAGUCCUUCGGCUUCCCGCGCGAGCACGCCGUGCGCUGCCUGGAGCUGAACAAGCACAACCACGUGACCACGACGUACUACCUCCUCGCCGAGCGGAGGAGGAAGGCGCUCUGCGGCAAGGGCGGCAACGCCCGCGCCCCAGUCGCCAACAGUCUCGGCGGCACCGACCCCUUCAGCCUCAUCACCGGGCGGAGCAGUGCGGAGGGCCGGCGCUGGGCGUCAGCGACAGCAAGGCGGGCGCCAGCGAGCUGGCCCCCACCCAGGCCACGGCCAGCAGCGCGAGGCCCCUUAGUACGACGCCCCCGCCCUCGGGGACGCCGCGGCCCGGGAGGGCGGCGAGUCCCGUCCACGCCGUGGGCCGCGUCGCUGCCGCCGCCGCCGCCAGUGCCCCGCGGUCUCCGCCGCGCA